CCCGAUUCAACAUCACUGUUAUCACUCAUCUCCCGCCUGACUGAUAACAAAAAUCGCUUCCGACUUCCGAGUUCCGAAUUUCCGAUAGAUCGACUUCAGACUACCUAGUUCAGUACUUCACGUAAUCACUAAAAUAGUCAAAUAGUCAAUAGAAGAUUUACUGACAUAAUCUCGAGGUAGACGAUUUAAAUAGAAAACUUCAUAACGAUGGUUCGAACAGCUAUUUUGUCUAGAUCCAAUUAUCGACUGUGUAAGCGAUAUGUAGCGGAAGAGGUUGCCUGUGCAAUUAAUAAAAAUUCAGCAGAUGUAGUAAAUGAUUUCGUUGCUAAUCUAAAAAUAGGAAAAGGAAAUUCUAUGAAUGAUAUUGGUUUGCACAUGCCUCUUAAUAUUCUUCAAAAACAUUUUGGAACAAAUUCAUUAAAAGAUUUUAAAAUACCAAGUCAUGAAAUAACAACUUCUCAAUUUAAUCCUUACCAUGUAAUAAUACAUUUAAAUAAAUAUGAUUUUAUAAACAACAUACUUAAAAACAAUAUUGGUAUAACUCGUCAACAUUGUGUGCAGAAUUCUAAACCUUGCAUCAUUGACUUUAGUUCUCCAAACAUUGCAAAACCAUUUCAUGUUGGUCAUUUACGUUCAACUAUUAUUGGAAACUUCAUUUCUAACUUAAGAAAUUUUAUUGAUGGCCGUGUUGUACGUAUUAACUACUUGGGUGACUGGGGACCUCAGUUUGGUUAUACUCUACUAGGAUUAGAACAAAUGAAACCAGAUAUAUCUAAAAACAAUAUGACAAUAGAAUCUUUACACAACGCAUACAUACUAGCCAAUCAAAUGGCAAAAAAUGACUCGAGCAUUCAUGACAAAGCCAAAUCUAUAUUCAAUGAUUUAGAAUGUGGUAAUUCUACUUCUGAUAUCAAUAACCUAUGGAAUGAAUUUAGAUCCAUCACUAUUAAUGAAUUAGAAGUUAUUUAUAAGAGACUGGGAAUAGUCUUCGAUGAAUAUGAUUGGGAAUCAAAAUAUUCAAAAGAGAAAAUUCAAGAUGUUCUAAAACACCUAAGUAAAAUUGGUUUAUUAAAACUUAAAGAAGACGGAUCUACUGUUGUGCUUUCUAAUAAUCAAGAAAUCACUAUUUUAAAAAAUGAUAAUUCUACAUUAUACCUAACACGAGAUAUCGCUGCAGCUCUUAGACGCCACAAAUAUUAUGGUUCUGAAGAUUUAUUUUAUGUAGUUGAUAAUACUCAAAGCAAACAUUUUUACUUACUGAAAUCCUUAAUUGCACAAAUUAAUUCAAAUAUAAAUGUGCAUCACAUUCCAUUUGGAAGGAUACAUGGUAUGAGCUCAAGGAAAGGCCAGGGAAUAUCAUUAGAUCAACUUCUAAAUCAGGCAAAAUCCACUAUGAUCCUAAAAAGAAAAUAUUCUGAAACUACAAAAAUUAAUUCAGUGGACGAUGAUGAAGUAGCCGAUGUAUUAGGAAUAUCUGCUAUAAUAAUAAAUGAUUUAAAACAAAAGCGGAAAAAAGAUUACAAUUUUUCUUGGGAGUCAGCAUUACAGGUAAAUGGAGAUACUGGCAUUAAACUUCAAUAUACCCAUUGCCGUUUAAUAAGUUUAGAAGAAGUUAAUUGCAAUAUAACCUUACCAGAUGAAGUUAUUGCAGAAUGCUUUACUGAAACUGUCGCAUUGGACUUAAUUUUAGAAAUAUGUCGAUUUGAAGAUAUAUUAACUGAAACUAAUCAAGAAUUAGAAGCAUGUAUUUUAGUUAACUAUUUAUUUCGAUUAUCCAAUUGCAUCAACAAAGCCUUAAAAGUUUUAAAUGUUAAAAAUUCUAGCAGUACCAUUGCUCAGCAAAGAAUUUUGUUAUUUUGCAGAGCUAGAGAGACACUAAGUUCUGGAAUGAAAAUUUUAGGAUUAGUACCAUUAAAAUGUAUGUGAUUUCAAAUCACCAUCAUGUAAUUUUAACUUAUUUUACUUAGUAAUUUCUGUUCCACUGUACAAAUGUAAAGAAUAAAAAUAAAUAAUAGUUUUUCCUUAAACUCUCAUUUAAUGUUAUAACCUACUAUAAAUAUAUUACUAUAGAUUAUUAUGAAUAAUCUAAGAUAUUUCAAUCUCCAUGGAUUGUAGAUAACCAUAAUUAUCCACACGAGUUAUCUCAGUUAGUAAGAUCCAGUAAUCUGUUAACAGAUUUUAGUUGUAUAUAAUUUUUUUAAAAAUGUAUUUUUUAAUAAUUGUGGUUUUUAAAUUACAAGUUGCAAUCAAGUAUUGAUGUAAUAUCUCUUAACAAUUUUAAUACCUUAUUUAGCUUUACUAAUGCAUUAUAAAACUGCCAAACAUAAAAAUAAAAAUU